AGGAGGAGGAAGGAACUCUCUCUCUCUUCUGUACAGGCUCGAAUUUGUAGCUCUCUGUGGAUGAGCUCGACUUCGAUUCCCGCCACUUCUCGUCAAGAAGAGGUAAAGAGCUCUUGACCCCCCUCGCCGAUUGCGUGCGAGGACUUUGGGCGUUGGAGAUGACUGUGGCAGGAAUGGCCGAGUUAAAGAUAGAGGAUUGCUGUCUCGAGAACAAGCAAUUGACUGCUGCCUCGAACUCCUCUUUAUCCGAAGGCAGUGCCAGUGCCGCUACUCUCAAAUCUCCCGCGGUGUCCAGCCCGGCAACUACUUCUCCCUCUCACCGGAGGACGACGGGACCUAUCAGGCGGGCAAAGGGUGGUUGGACUCCAGAGGAGGACGAGACGUUGAGAAAUGCCGUUGCAGUUUAUAAUGGCAAGAGUUGGAAAAAAAUAGCUGAAUACUUUCCUGAUAGAUCUGAAGUCCAAUGUUUGCAUAGGUGGCAAAAAGUUCUUAAUCCUGAGCUUGUUAAGGGACCUUGGACCCAAGAGGAGGAUGAUAAGAUCAUUGAUUUGGUAUCAAGAUAUGGCCCCACAAAGUGGUCUCUCAUAGCAAAGUCUUUGCCUGGUCGUAUAGGGAAACAGUGCCGAGAGAGAUGGCACAAUCAUUUGAAUCCAGAUAUCAAAAAAGAAGCUUGGACGUUGGAGGAAGAAUUAGCCCUUAUGAAUGCCCAUCGGGCGCAUGGGAAUAAGUGGGCUGAAAUUGCUAAGGUUUUACCUGGAAGGACUGACAACUCAAUAAAGAAUCAUUGGAAUAGUUCCUUGAAGAAAAAGUUAGACUUUUAUUUAGCCACUGGUAAACUCCCACCAGUUGCAAAAAGUGGUUUACAAAAUGGCUCCAAAGAUGCAAGCAAACCCACAUCAGCUAAAAGAUUACUUGGGUGUAAUAAAGGAGCAAACUUGAUCCCUCAAAAUUCAUUAGGAAAUGCCGGUACAUGCAAAUUAGAAGAAGAGAAUCAGGAUAAGUUGGAACUUAUGGCUCGGCAUCAAGAAGCAUGUGAGUCAUCAAGUUUUCUUCGCAGUGAAUCCGCUGAUUCGGGUAGUGCAGAGUUUAAAUCUAGAAUAGAUGCUUCCACUAAUUUAGAAGUAUUGGCCCGGAGUGAAGAUAGCGGAGCCUGUGGUAGAAGUGAUCACAAAGAUGUUGGAACAACGCCACCGGAGCAAGCUCUGGUUUAUGGUUGUCUGUGCUAUGAGCCACCUCCUCUGGAAAGUUGCAUCCCUCUUGAUUCUGAGAUGAACGUUCAUCUUCUGAAGCAAACUUGUUACUCAAGUCCUGCAAGUCCUGCUAGUCCUGCUAGUUUUCUCACUCCACCUUGUGAGAGAACUAGUGUUUUUUGCAUACAAAGUCCAGAAUCUAUCCUCAGGUUUGCUGCUGAGACCUUCCCUAAUACUCCAUCUAUAUUGCGGAAGAGAAAAACUCAAGUGGCAAAGCAUUUGUUUUCUAAUAAAACUACAAAAGUAGAUGGGGAGAUUGGAAAAGACAGGCUUGAUUCUCCUGAUGUAGGGAGUAAUGGUAGUUUGGAGAAAUCCACGUCUCAGAAUACAAGUGUCUAUGAUAGUCCUUGCCUUAGUAAUGGUGCCAGUGCCACUAUGUACAAUGGUGGUGCUUUUAGUGCAUCACCGCCAUAUCGGUUAAGAUCCAAACGAACUGCUCUGCUCAAGUCUCUGGAGAAACAGCUUGAUUUUACCUUUGAGGAAAUGAAGUUGGAUGGCAGUACGAAAUCGGUUGAUGUACCUAUGAAGGAGAAUGUUCAUAAUGCAGAAGAUCCUUCUUCACACGUUACAAAGAUGGUUUCGAUCCAGGAAUUGAAAGUGGACUAAUGGUACACAUCUACCAGGCGGUUGAUGACAAGCAACCAUCUGCAUUGGAGAUCUGGUAAUCUUUCUUCAAUGCUUCACCUUAGUUGUCACAGAGACAGCUUGGCUUGGGAGAUUCGUUCCCAUCAGAUGCAUACCAUGAUAGAAGAAAUUCAGAAGUAGAUGCAUUUUUAAAAAUAAAUUCAGUGGUAGAAGAUGGGGCCUUCCAAGUCUGUACAGAAAUCAUUUGAUAAAUGGCAAUUUGGUUGGUAUUACAUCCAGGGUUAUAAGAUUACUUCUCCUAUCCAAUACAUUUUUGCUUGUCGUCGGUUGUCAAUAUCUUACUAACAGAUCCAUUAGCACGGUGCUUCCCCACUUGUAAUUUAAGAAGGCUGUCAUCCAUUUUUUUCGAGUUUAUCGGAUCCAACUGUAUCUUUCGCUAUGCUUCCAAGUGUACAUGCUUUACUAGUUCAA